UGUCACUAUGUACACAUGGCAAAUGAUUAUUUCUGCUCUUUAGUUUAUUUAUUAUUACAUAAUCUGAGAAAUAAGACCCUUUCCCACUAAAACUAAACAUGUUGAUAAAAUUCGGAGGAAGCUUUGCCCAUAAUUAGAGCCCACCUUUCAUCUGAUUCCUGUGCCCACGGUCAGCGAGCUGGGCAAACAGCAGUCAGUGUUUAAACGUGGUGGAGAUGCAAGAUAUAAAGGCUGAAGGCAGUGAGCUGAAGACAGAUCAAGAGAGAGGAGCAGAUCCUUCACUCUGAGAAACCAGCCAGCUGAACUCACACCAGGCAGAAUGAAAUCCUUUCUGCUUGCCAUCGCUGCCGUGCAGAUCCUCCACUGCUCAGGAGUGCCACACACCAAGGAAGCUCUGAGAGCCUCAGUAAUAAAGCUGAAUGAAAUCACCGAGAUCCCCAACCUCUGUGGUAUCUCCAGGACAGGAGUGAUAGAUGUUUAUCGCACUGGCAAGUUGACAUACAAUGUGGAUUUAACGUUCUAUGUGACAGAAACCAUCUGCUCAAAAAAUUCUGGAUGGGAGUUUGAUGACUCUGUCUGCUUUUUCCAUCCCAAACAAUAUGCUGAGAGAGGUUUUUGCAGAAGCCACGUGGAAUAUUUUGCUGAUAAAGUGGUUUAUGUUGAUGUGGAGUGUGAUGGGUUGAAGACAGUUGACAGCGAAAGUUACUCAUUAGAAUCAAGUGAAAUCAGUUUUGAGGACGAAUCCAAAUCCAAAGAGACAUCACUGGAUGAAGCAUCAAAUGCAUAUAGCAAGUCAGAAGAAACAUCAUUGCAAGAAUCCUCGAAUGUGAAAAGCAAGGAAACGGAAUCAUCUUCAAAUGAAAGCACUGUGGAUUCAAGAGCUUGGUAUUAAACAUAAAAGUAACUCCUGGGAGCCAAAGCUCAGUGUGAACACAAGAAAACCUCAUUCAGAAUAAAAAAUGCUGUUAUCAACUCUAUAUGUACAUGUAAAAGGAGCACUUGAGGUUCCUGACUCUAAUUUUCUACUGUAACUGCAAGAUACCAUUGAUUGUAGAUGUUUUGUACUUUCAUGUUUUAUUCUCUUGUAUUGUGUUAUCAUUUUGUAUACUGUGGAUCAAAAUGAAGUGUAAAUUUUUGUGGUAUUCUGUACAGCUGUUGUCCAUUCUACUCUGGAUUUAAUAGCCAAUGCCUGCUUAUUAACCUCGGCUUUGUACUGCCACCCUAUUUUCUGACAAGGUUAUCUAUUUCACCACCGAGCAGGUCUAUUGGUUUACUACUGAGCAGAUCAUUGAUCUGGCCAGUUUAGACUUGUUGUAUUGUACUGCAAUUACAUAUUCUUGGCUUUUAGACCAGAAACCCUAUAACUGUAUUGUUUUUGCAGACAUGUAUAGGUAUAUCUUUUUUUUUC